CGCCCCGCCGGUACCGCCAUGGCCGCGGUGCGGGACGCGGCCUCCGCCAGCAGCGCGGACGCUUGGUGCGUGCGGCACCUGCACCUGUCACUGCGCGUGACCUUCGGGGCGGCGGGCGCGGGGCGGCUGCGCGGGACGGCGCGGCUCGAGCUGCGGUGCGUGCGCGAGGGGGAGCGCGCGGUGCGGUUGGACGCGCACCCGGGGCUGGGCCUGCAGCGCGCGACCCUGCUGGGACCCGGCGGGGACAACCCCAGGGACACCCCCACCCGCCCGGACACUCCCCCGGAGAGCCCCGGGCAGCCCCUGCGCUUCCAGACCCGACCCUUCGCCAGCUACGGCUGCGCCCUCCACAUCGACCUCCCCCAGCCCGCCCGCGCCGGGCAGCUCCUCACCAUCGAGAUCGAAUAUGAGGCGGGCGAGGGGCCCGGGGUGUGCUGGCUCGCUCCCGAGCAGACGGCGGGGAAGCAGAAGCCUUACUUGUACACACAAGGCCAGGCUGUCCUUAACAGGUCCUUCUUCCCGUGCUUUGACACCCCCUCCAUCAAAUUCACCUAUUCAGCCACCGUGAAGGUCCCUGAGGGUUUCACAGCUGUGAUGAGUGCCACCAGCUGGGAGAAGCAGAAGGAUAACACCUUCAUCUUCAAGAUGUCCCAGCCCAUCCCCUCCUACCUGAUUGCUCUGGCUGUUGGGGACAUCAUGUCUGCUGAUGUUGGCCCGAGGAGCCGUGUCUGGGCUGAGCCCUGCCUGAUCGAGGCUGCGAAGAAGGAGUACGAUGGGGUGAUUGAGGAGUUCCUGACUGUUGGAGAGAAGCUCUUUGGACCUUAUGUUUGGGGCAGGUACGACAUCCUGUUCAUGCCACCCUCCUUCCCCUUCGGCGGGAUGGAGAACCCCUGCCUCACCUUCCUCACACCCUGCCUGCUGGCUGGGGACCGCUCGCUGGUGGAUGUGGUCAUCCAUGAGAUCUCCCACAGCUGGUUUGGCAACCUGGUCACCAAUGCCACGUGGGGAGAGUUCUGGCUGAAUGAGGGCUUCACCAUGUACGCCCAGCGGCGCAUUUCCACCGAGGUUUACGGUUCAGCAUACACCUGCUUGGAGGCUGCCACAGGAAGGGUUCUCCUGCGCCAGCACAUGGACAACACAGGGGAGGACCAUCCCCUCAACAAGCUGCGGGUGAUCAUCGAGCCAGGUGUCAAUCCAGAUGACACGUACAACGAAACACCCUAUGAGAAGGGGUACUGCUUUGUGAGCUACUUGGCCCAUCUUGUGGGGGACCAGAGCAAGUUUGAUGCCUUCCUCCAGGCCUACGUGAACCACUUCAAGUUCCAGAGCAUCACAGCAGAUGACACCCUCAGUUUCUUCCUGGAGUACUUCCCAGAGCUGAAGGCAGAGGGUGUGGACUCCAUCCCAGGCUUUGAGUUUGACCGCUGGCUGAACGUGCCAGGCUGGCCCCCCUACCUGCCUGACCUGUCCCCAGGGGAGCAGCUGAUGAAACCUGCAGAUGAGCUGGCAGAGCUCUGGGCAGCUGAUGGCUUGAACAUGGAAGCAAUUGAAGCUGUGGACAUCAUGGCCUGGAAGACCUACCAGCUGGUCUACUUCCUAGAUCAGAUCCUGCAGAAAUCCCCCCUGCCAGCAGGCAAUGUGGAGAGGCUGAGCAAGAUGUACCCAAAGAUCUCCAAGGCCCAGAACGCGGAGCUGCGACUCCGCUGGUGCCAAAUCAUCCUCAAGAACAACCUCGAGGCAGAGUACAGCAAGGUCAAGGACUUCCUCCACAGCCAGGGGAAGCAGAAGUACACCCUGCCCCUCUACCGUGCCAUGUGGGGGGGGUCAGAGGCAGCCCGGGCCCUGGCCAUGGAAACUUUCUCAGCUACAGCCCCACAGCUCCACAUCAACGUCCAGAACUACGUGAAGAAGAUCCUGGGCUUGGCAGUGGCAGAACAUUAACAUAGCCUGAACUCUGCUCCCUCUGCAACCUUUUCCGCUGGCAGGACCUUUCCUUAUUAAAAUUUGUAAUUUUU